AUGAUUAAGCAUAACCACGGACACAUCAUCAGCAUUGCCUCAAUGAGCGCAUAUCUGCCCCCUGCAGGUCUUGCAGACUAUGGAGCCUCUAAGUCAGGAUUAAUAGCAUUUCAUGAUGCUCUCCGUCUGGAGUUGAAACAUCGAUACGAAGUCCCUAGAUUUGGGAGUUCAUUGGCUGUUCUCAGUUUCACUGAGACUCCUCUAUUCAAAGGCAAAACAAAUCAGUCGUCUUUCCUAUUCCCUCUGAUGCACAUGGACACAAUUGGCGAUGCUGUUGUUGAUACCCUGUACAGUGGAUCCUCUCGGACGAUGUACUUUCCAGGCAUUUUCCGUUUCUUCGCCGGAAUCAGGAGAGCACCUGAAUGGUGGCAAAAUAUGAUUCGGGAGCAAUCCAAGUCGUUGAAAGUGGACUUUCGGGGAAGGCAAAAUAUUGACCCAAAGACCGGCAAUCUGAGCUCUCAUAACUGA